AUGGAACGUUUGGCAAGAGAGAAAAUUGCUACACAGCAGCGAUUAGCCGAAUUGAAGAAUGAACUUAGCCAGUGGAUGGAUGUUAUGGAGAUUGACCGAAUUGUGCGUCAAACUGUUCAGCCAGAGGACGACCAGGCCUCAACCUCCACAGCCUCAGAGGGGGAAGAUAACAUGGAUGAAGAUAUGGAUGAUGACAGACCUCUAAAUGCAUUACCAAAACGUCAGAAUCCUGAACUUCUGAAGAUGGUACCGUCCAACGCAGCUUCCCACAAUCACCAUUCCACUGUACUGCCUCAACAUGUCUCCAUUCAGCAGAAACAAGCUCCCUCUCCUCAUGCACAGACCCUCUCCAGUCAAGCACUGGUCCCGCCUCAGGCCAUAGUGCCAGCACAGACUCAUAUUGUGGCUGCUUCCACAGUGCAGUCAACUGUGAUAGCCCACACAGCCACCACUCAUGCGUCCGUUAUUCAGACUCUAAACCAUGUCAUCCCAGGGCCUCAGACCAAGCACAUUGCCCAUAUUGCACCUUCCACGUCAAGCCCUGUACAGCUAACCACUGCUGCUCAGCCAAUUGGCCACAUCACUGUGCACCCAGCUGCCAUUAAUCACAUGACCCAUCUUAGCCAGCAGCUACCCAUUUACCCGCAGUCUGUUGCAGUCACCCAGCCCAUGGUGAGCCACAUUGCUCACACCAUCUCCCACCCACAAGUCAAUGGAACCACAAACCUUGGCCAGCCUGCUGUUAUGGCAAAGCCAACCGUAGGAACCCAGGUGGUCCACCAUCCCCAGUUAGUUGGGCAGACAGUCCUGAAUCCGGUGACUAUGGUAACUAUGCCAUCGUUUCCUGUCAGCACUUUAAAGCUAGCUUAA